AAAUCAUUGAUAUUAAAAAUGGAAUUUCAUCUUGGUCAAUAAAUAUUAAAAAAUGUCAAAAUCUAAAUCUAGUCGUUUUGAUGAUUCAAAUCAAAACCAUUCUUCUGAAGCAAACAACUCUUUAUCCGAAACAAUUAAUGUUGAUAAUUCAAUCACCGUUUUGGAAAGGAUUAGCCGAUUAUACGCUGAACAAUUAAUGAGCGAUGUUUCUCUAGUUGUGGGUGGAACAGAGUAUCCUUCACAUAGACUUAUUUUGUGUACAACUAGCGAUGUCUUCCAGGUAAUGUUAAUGAAACCAGAAUGGACAGAAUGUGGAGAAAGUCGUGUAGUUUUACAGGAAACUCCUGAAUGUGCGAGUGUAUUUGCUUCUUUUUUGAAAUAUUUUUAUACUGGACAAAUAGCUAUUACAGAUUCUAAAAUUAUACCUUUACUAGCACUUGCUGAUAAAUAUAAUGUCAAGAGUUUAGAAGAUAUAUGUAUUUCAUACAUGAAAAGUCAUAUUGCUCAUGCUGCAACGCAAAAUCAAUUAAUCUCAUGGUUACAAUAUGCAGCAGCAACUGGUCAUAACGAAAUUGCACGACUCUGUCAUAAUUUUGUUCGAUGGAACUUAGAAAUGGUUGCAGAAUCGAGUGAUUUUGAUAAUUUAGAACUAGAUAUGCUAAUAAAUAUUUUACAACAAAGUGAUUUGGUUAUACAUGAUGAAUUAAGACUUUAUGAAUGUAUUUCUCGGUGGAUCCAAGCUCAAAGUGCUCGAAUUAUCGAAGAACAUUCAAAUACUGAAGAAUCAGAAAAGAAUAUUCAAAAAAUAGUGUACAGUGUAAUGUCAUACAUCCGAUUUCCCAUGAUGACACCACGACAACUAGCCGAUUUAUUAUUGAAUCCAUUAACUGCCAAAUAUAAAGAAUUUUUUGUUGAUCGUUUUGCGAUUGGUAUGAGUUUUCAUUCGAACCAAUUGGAUAGAAUACAAGAAACUAUAACAUGUUUGGAAGAAGGGAAGUUACUAUUUCAACCUCGAUUGUACACGAGCGAUUGUUGGAGUACACUUUUAACAGUGGAAAAUUAUCAUUCACUUCCAUGUUAUCAUACGAGUACAUUUGUAUUUUCAAGUCAUUCGACGUUAGCUGAACAUGGAGCGGAUCGGCUAUGUGAAUGGGUCGUUGAUUUGUUUCCAAAAGGUGUUUGGUUUAGAAAAUAUUUAUUAAUUGUUUGGCAAGGAACUGUAGAAGUACCUGAAACAGUUUUGCGCACUGUUCGAUUAGCAAUCACCUGUAAAGAUCCACCUGAAGCUAUCCAUUUACCAGGCCGCAGUAGUAUAUAUCCUGAUAUGAGGGUUAAGGUUGGUAUAUUAAUUAGUGGAUGUCAAGGUGGAAUUGAACAUGUAAUGACUGUUAAAGAGAAGAUACAUCAUUUUAGUGUAAAUGAUCGUGUAAUGAAUAUUGAUGACUUAAUACCAUUUGAUGAUUUAAAUCCACCAGCUGUUGCAAGCAGUGGUGGUAGUGAUGCAAAAGUCAAUCGUACUGAACGCCAUUUUUGUACCAAUGAUGCGUCAUAUACUCCAUCAUCCGAGUAUCAUUCUCAUGAAUCAUAUUUAGUGGGACCGGAACACAAUGAACUAAAAUUACAUAUUGUUAUAUCACCAUUAAGUGAUAAUUUCGAUUUAUCAAAUCCUAUUCAAAUUGAAUGACACAGAAAGAUGUGCAAUAAAACGCACGUCUUAAUGUUUUGUAAAUGGUUAAAAUAAACGAAUUUUCUUACUUUGUCUGUCGAUGUUACCUAUUAUAGACAAAUCAAAAAUAAACUCAUCGAAUAAAAUUAUCAAGAAUUACCGUCCAUUUUUGGAUUUUACAUCAACAAUUCUUGGAGUACUAUUAGGGACGUUUAAAACGCAACAAAGCAAUUGUUUUAUAAAUAAGAAAACAAAAAUGUUUUAUUAAAUUUUUUCAGUUAUAAACUGAUUAAAUGAUGACUAUGUAAAUUGUGAAAAGUUUAUGUUAAUGUAAAAUGAAAUUGAUGA